AUGCAUCGACGAAGGACAUCAUCCCUGAUUGCAGGAAGGACGGUUCCCCAGCCUAUCUGGAACUCUCCACCGACUCGACCGUCACCUCCCAGUUCGUUGCGCCUGGUCACAUGGAACGUCAAUUCCGCAACCUAUUCUCAACUCAGAUUGCGGUGCAUUCUGACGUACUUAGAAACCCUACUUCGGCCCCAUGGCUUCGGCCCUCUAGAACCGUGCUGCAUCCUGCUACAAGAGGUCUCUCUGAAUGCACUUGAUUUCCUGCUCUCGAUCGAUUGGGUGCUCAAUGAUUUCCUCAUCAUACCGGCCGGGUCAGUUCAAUGGCCCCGUGGCGCACAAUAUGGCAACGUCACUCUCAUUUCCAAGAAUAUUCCCUUUGUCGCUGGCCAGUGGCUCGACUUUGCAGCCUCCAGCAUGGGCCGAAAUGCCUUAAUCACAGAUGUCGCUGUUCGCCACUCUCAAUCCGGACGUACACUCACCUUACGCAUCGCCAAUACACAUCUGGAAUCGCUCCCGGAGAACGCACUGAUACGCGCGGCGCAGCUCAGUUACAUCGCCGAGAAGCUCAGAAGACCCACUGUCCACGGAGGCGUCGUCGCAGGGGAUAUGAAUGCGAUAUGCCCAAAUGACCAGGUCAUUCACAGGCAGGCAGGACUAGUUGAUGCUCAUCCUGGCCCAGAGAAUGAACGGUCGUUUACAUGGGGAUAUCAGCCGCGGACAGCCUUUCCUCCCGGAAGGCUUGAUAGGAUGUAUUUCACGCCGCAGAGGAUGUCGUGGGAUAGUGUCCAGCUCAAGGUGGACGAGCCCUCCAGAAUAGGUAUGGGGCUACAGGCAGGUAACCUGUGGGCAAGCGACCAUUAUGGAUUGAUGUCGACUGUACGUUUCUUGUGA